AACUCGCUGGGCAAGCCCCGAGCGCGCCCCGAGCUUGCUCCGAAGUGACGGCUGCCGCUGGCAUGGGGCGUCCGCUGAAUUGCAUCGUCGCCGUGUCCCAGAACAUGGGCAUUGGCAAAAACGGGGAACUGCCCUGGCCCCCGCUCAGGAACGAGUUCAAGUAUUUCCAGAGAAUGACCACAACCGCUUCAGUGGAAGGUAAACAGAAUCUGGUAAUCAUGGGUAGGAAAACCUGGUUCUCCAUUCCUGAGAAGAAUCGACCCUUAAAGGACAGAAUUAAUAUAGUUCUCAGUAGAGAGCUCAAGGACCCACCACAAGGAGCUCAUUUUCUUGCCAGAAGUCUGGGUGACGCUUUACAGCUCAUUGAACAACCCGAGCUAGCAAAUAAAGUAGACAUGGUGUGGAUCGUCGGAGGCAGUUCGGUUUAUAAGGAAGCCAUGGACCAACCAGGACAUCUGAAACUGUUUGUGACAAGGAUCAUGCAAGAAUUUGAAAGUGACACAUUUUUUCCAGAUAUUGAUAUGGAGAAAUACAAACUUCUCCCAGAAUACCCAGGUGUUCUUUCUGAGGUCCAGGAGGAAGAAGGCAUUAAGUACAAAUUUGAAGUAUAUGAAAAGAGAGAUUAACCUGAAGAUGCUUUCUGAUUCAUUCAAAUUAUUCCACUUCUUUAAAAUUAUAUGAAAAAGAUUUACUGACUUUCGAUCUAUGGAUAAUUAUUUCUUUCAAGAGGAUUUUUGUUGGAGAGGAAAAUGUCUUGUGGUGCCGUGGAUAGAACCCAGGGCCUUAUACAUACUAGACAGGUGCUCUACCACUGAGCCACAUUCACAGUCCCUGGGUAGUUGUUUCUAACCAUUGUUUUUAAUCCCCAUUAAUCUCACUAGAUUCUAUUAAAUGCUGCUUAAGAAACA